AUGACGCCGCCAGCGACGCGGGCACGCCGCCUCAGCAGCUGCCUCCGCAGCUUCUUCACGCACCUCUUCUCCAACGUGGGGCUCUUCUCGCUCGUCGGCGGCUACGUGCUGCUGGGCGCGCUCCUGUUCGAGUCCCUGGAGGGCGGCUACGAGAUGAACCAGCGAGGCAGCAUGAAGGGCCACCGCGACGACUGCCUGCGCGAGCUGUGGGCACUCACAGAGAGGUUCAACGUGCUGUACCAGGAGAACUGGACGCAGCAGGCGCAGGAGCAGCUGCGCCGCUUCGAGACGCGCGUCGUGGAGGCCACCAAGGUGGAGGGCUACGACGGCAAGGACCCGCAGGACCAGGACCGGCAGUGGUCCUUCAGCGGCGCGCUGCUCUACUCCGUCACCGUCAUCACCACCAUCGGGUACGGGAACUUGGCACCGCGCACCCCGGAGGGCAAGGUGGUCACGAUGCUGUACGCGCUGGUGGGCGUGCCGCUGAUGCUGCUGUGCCUGUCCAACCUGGGCUCCUUCUUGGCGGACACCUUCCAGUUCGCGUACAGCCACGCCUGCUGCCGGCCGUGCCGCGACGGCCACGGCGACGUCCACGGCGACGGCCACGGCCAGAAGCAGCAGCUACAGCAGGAGCCGCAGCGGGUGGGCUACAACGGCUUCGGCGACGGCAGCGUGUACUACAGCAGCGCCGGCGGCGCGGGCGGCGUGCCCCUGGACUGGUCCCAGCCGUUCCGGGACCGGGAGCGCGAGCAGGAGCUCCACAACACCGUCGUGAAGACGGCCAACAACCGAGGCGGGCAGGUGGUGACGCGGCUGCAGCCCAAACACCCGGCGCACCUCACGCCCGACGUGCACAACUGCGGGCCGCACUCCACGCCGUCCCGCGUGCCGCUGCUGUGCCGCUCCAACUCGGCCUCGGGUAUGACUGGGGUGGACCCGGGCGCCAUGGCGCAGUCCACGCCGCUGGUGCUGACGGGGCUGGCGGCCUACAUCUGCCUCGGCGCCGCCGUGUUCGCCGCCUGGGAGGAGUGGAGCUUUCUGGACGGCGCCUACUUCUGCUUCGUCACACUCUCCACCAUCGGCUUCGGCGACCUGGUGCCCGGCAAGUCGCUCAAGAGCGCCGAGUCGCAGGGCGGCCAGCUGCAGGUGUCGGCGUGCGUGGCGUACCUGCUGCUGGGGCUGGUGCUCAUCGCCACGGCCUUCUCGCUGGUGCAGGAGGAGGUGCUGGCGCGGCUGUCGCAGGUGGCGCGCACCCUCGGCAUCAUCUCCAAGCACCACCAGCCGCUGCACCACCACCACCACCACGGCCUGCACCACCAGGGCCGGCGGCACUCGGCUCGGCACCACGCCGCCAGCCAGACCUCGGCCACCGCCACGGCGCAGACCCACCACCACAGCCGCAGACGGUCCGACCCCACAUGA